UUUACAUCCGACAGAAGAAGUUCCGAAUCGUCUGAAUUAUCUUCUACAUAUAAGAAUAUUUCUUUGGUAAGUUGGUGGCCUCAUCAAGCCUCGCCCUUCUUUUGCGGCUUUCUCAUCUCUUCCGAUACACUCGGUAUUCAUUCUUUGCUGCUGGCCAGCUGCUGCUUCCUGUCUCCUAGUUUCACUUCCAGUUCACCGUCGUUUCCUUUACAUUGAAGUCGAACCGCUUUCCCAGCAUUUUCUCCUACGCCCAGACCGAACACCAAAAGUCUUAUAACCCUCCAAGAUGCGUCAAUCAUUCCUCUCGACGUUAGGUCUGGGCUUCUCAGCUCUGGCACGAGCAACGAUCAUGAUGCCUGCUGCGAAUCAAUGGUCGGUGUGGGAGAAUCGAGAUAUUAUGUGGGAUACCAGUGGAUUGGCGCCUCCUCUCAACAUGCACCUCAUUCCGGCUGGUGCCAAAAACUUUACAGCCAUCAUCACUGAUAUCGUACUUAACAUUGGAAACACCGGGAAGUUUCAAUGUGCUCCACCGUCAACGAUCAAUAUCGAGGAGGUCCAAAUCAUCAUUAUCGAUGCUGCAAAGAAACUUGUGAUCUCUGAAGUUUCCAUAAUCAUUAUCAUAGAUGUGAACUUCCCUAAUAUCUCUCACUUGAACAAAAACCUUAACUCAGCUCAGUACUGCGACUCUGGCAAAGACUUCUGCCGUCACAGUCUUACAGAAGACGAGCAAGUCGCUGACACCCCCCAUGAUUCUUCAGACGACAGUACCGACCAAGUCGUUGACACUCAACAGCGCCGCCAAAGCAGCCAGCACCGGUUCGGCCGCGAAAGCGACAUCCGGUACCUUCACCGGAGGAGAAUCGCAAGCUUCCUUUAG